UUUUGAAUAUUUUUAAUCGCCUGGCAGCGAAGUAAACUUCCGAUCGCUGACCGUGAAAAGGGGCAUAUUGUCCACAUCUGUAAAGUUGAAUGAGUGUAUGACGAACCUUAAGCAACAUGGCGAGCCUCCGGCCAUUCAAUACGUCCACCAAGGAUGCAAAAUCCUUCAAACUCAGGAAUCCUCAACUAUCUUCCAAAGACACGGAGCGUCUGGACACCGAUAACUACAAGAUGGAGGCCAGACUGAGGGAGCUGAAACUGAGCAUGAGGCGACAGAAGGAGGAGAGGGAAAAUAUGAAUUCGGAUGGGUCUAUCUGGUCAUCCGGUAAGCCGGGAGCUGUCACAACGCACGGAACGGACCUCAUGAAGAAAGAACCCAGCAAGCCAACACAGUCUAAAGGAAAGGCAAGAAAGAUUAAGGUCCUCAAAGAUACACCGUUGGAUCUGCCAAAGCGCGCCCCAAUUGCUAGGUCUUUCACCGAAGCUAGUCCACCGAAGUUUAAAGGACCGGCCUGCGGCCAGUGCGAACAGAAAGCUGUAGCCUUGACGUGUAUGGAGUGUGUGGAGAAUUACUGCACGACAUGCUUUGCCAAAUUCCACAUGAAAGGUGCCCUGAAAAACCACCGCUCCGUACCAUUCCAGACUAACCGUAGCUCAUCCAACUCCAGUUCCCUCGAUCUAAGUAACGGAAUGACGUCAUCCCCAAAUAGUUCAAUAGAAGGCCUACCCCCAAGGCCUUCCAGUGCAAGCCGAAGGACCACGACGUCAACAGACACCGCCUCUGAACAGGUCAAAACUGUCUCCAUCAAACUCAAGGAUCCAAGCGAGAUGGAAGGAGGAGCCUUUCUUCAAGGCACAUUCAGUGAGGAAGAGAGUGCUCAAUCCUUUGCUCAGGCCCUGGCAGAGUGGAGAUCUGGCAAACAGAACGGCCCGACUGAGGCUAGUCAGAAACAGGAAGUCAAGAAAGAGAGCAUUGCAAGUGGCACCACAACUGAAGAGCCCCCGCCCAUCGAGAUCAAAUUCCAGCAAGAUACGUCCAUCACCUACGCCGACAAACUCCUCAUCAAGAAGCAUCGACGCACUGAGCUGUCCCCCUUGCCUUCACCUCGACUCUCUAGCGAUGGUGAAGAGGAGAAACGCUCACCGAGGCAGGGAAAAGAGACGCUGACAAACGGCCAUGUGGACAACUUAUCAGAUGAUGAGAACGAACUGCAAGAAGAGCAUCAACGUUACGUUGGCAUCUUCAGUAAAUCCAUAUCCCCGAGCGAACCAAGACUGGCUAGUGCCCUGUCCAUUGUUGAAGUCACCGAGGCUCAACCAAAUGAAGCAAUGGCAAUGGAAGUCGAGUCGGUGUACAGUGUCCAGGAGGUGGAUGACUCCAAAUCACAAGGUCUGGACCAGUCUGCAAGGGGGGAUCGUAUCCACACAUCUAGCAACCGGUACAGCCCAGAGAUGCCACAGGAAACUCAAAACACGCAGUCAAAAUCCCUGACAAGCCCUGGCAAGCCCAAGACUCCUGGUCCGUUACCUGCGAAAGAGAAGCAGCAGCAGGGUCCAAAAAGCGGCAACAAACCAACAAAGACUGUAUCAACUCCGAUAAGAGGCACACCAGAUGCCAAGCACCCCAAACAGCAGCGCUCGACGCCCCAACGACUGGACGCCUCAUCGCGACUCGCAUCAGCGCACUCCACUGCAGCGAAACCAGAGAAAAUCCCAUCAAAGCCAAAAUCCAAAAGCGCAAGUGGGACGAUACAGCGUAAGCCGCUAACCAAGUCCUCAGAAUCCAGAGAUGUCCAUGAAAGCAUAACGCCAAUUGCUUCUGACGAUGCGUCAGGACGGGUUUCUGGACUGACAAGCACCCCAUCGGGGGAGCUAAUGACAGCCAGUCAUCUCGUCAGACAAACGCAGCAUCACUACAAGGCCGGUCUCGGAGAUUUCUUCCUGGCGGGCCUUGGAAAUGAGGAAGGCGAACCAAAGAAUGAGGUGGAUGAUAAUCGGGAAUCGACACCCGUCAACAGGCUACCAGACUGCUCCUAUAAAGGUGCCUUAUCAGCAUGGCGCCCAGACAGCAGCCUGGCAAACCCCGCCCUCCAACAAUCCCUCAAACCCUUCUCCCCCUCACCCCCGCCCAAGAGCGGUCGCCAGGCCCACCGCAGCGCUGCCAAGUCCCGCCUCGUUAAGUCCAUCAACCAAGACAACUCAGAUACUGGGGUCCGAGGUCAAAGUGCAAAGGUCAAGGAGGAGAGGUCAAGUGCCAAGCCUCGCCCAGACGCUGAUAACACUAUCUCUUGGAUGCUAAGUGAGGAACUGUCGAAGAGGGGAAAGGGAUGGAACAAUAACAACAAUGAGAGGAAGGGAGAUGGAGCACCUGGGGCUGAGCAGGCUAAAGAACCUGAUCGAAGCAGCAGCCGCAUAGAGGUCGAUGGUGAUGACAUGACCGUCUACGACAACGUGGGCAGAGACGAUACAGAGAUGGCAGAUCAGGAGACCCUGGAGCAACUGACCUGGGAAUUGGCCUCUCACUCUGGUGGCGUCACAGCUGAUGGUCGCCUGACUAGCAUGAGCCUUCCCGACCCAGACGAUGACCACAACGAUGACAUCUACCGGGACAACAGCUUCAGCCAAGACACAGAGCUGGGCAUCUUAGAAGAUGACGGCAUGGGAUCGGGGCUGAGCACACCUUUUGACUUUGUGACGGGAGAGAGUAUCAGCCCGGAGGAUAAGAAGGAGGAUGCUGAUUUCUUGGAGAUGCAGAGAUACACGGCCGAGGUGCAGGCUCUGAUUUAGCCCUACCACUCCUUGAUCCAAACAAGAGGUUGGGAAGAUUUUGAAGGAUGACCGCAACAUUUUAGAACUGAGCACUAUCUAUGAUCUCUCUGAAGGACUGAAGAGGAAGGUGUGGAUAACCUUGGAGGUGCUGAGAUGCAGGUCCUGACUAAUCUCCAACACUCCUGAACCGUCAAAAGCCGCCAGGACAUUUAGAGCAGCGUGUAGCAUCACAGUGGGGGAUAGGUGCCGAGUACACCUCAGAAUUUUCCGACGGGAGAGCAUCGGAGGAUGCUGGUUCCUUGGAGAUGCAGAAGUACACAACUACGGUGUAACCCAAACUUUGCUUUAACUUUCCUUUAUCCUUCAAAAUUAUGUAGGACAUUGGCUUGGUUACAAGGCAGAGGAUACCUUUUUAUCACUUUGAAAGGAAUGGAGGUAUUAGGAUACAAUGGACAAAGUAGGGCCAACUGAACUACUUGUACAGGUAUGGUAUUCAUUUGGACAUGUAUCACAGUGGACUACCUGCAGGAAGUUCAAACUGGAAAUAUAAUUAGUUUAUUGCAAUAUGCACUUGGUUUUCCAAAUUAAAUAAAAUGUACAUAGGUGUUUAUAGAUUGUAUUUGUUUAACAUGUUGAUGAAAUUUAUAGUCGGAUUCCAUCCAUUUUAAUUAUGUUUUUCUUUUCAUUCCGUCCAAUUUGUUUUCCAAGGAUCAGCUGUAUUAUUGAAUGGUUGCUAUAACAUGUAUUGUUUAUGAAAAAUUGUGUUAUUACAUUUACAAAUUAAACAUAACAAAGAGUAAUGUUAUGUAUUAUUCUUCCAUGUUGUGAAAAAAAUGGUCUAGAAAGUACAGCACAUGUAUGUGCUCUAGGUAUGCAAUUAGAAAUGAAUUUAAAAAAAGAAAGAAAAAUAUGUGAAAAAAGACAACUGGACUCAAACUUAGAGAUAGAGAACACUCCACUCUGAACCGUUUCCAAACUUAUCUGGGUUGCUUCCUGAUUUAUAAUGAACAUACAUGUACUUAGUAAUGAACGUAUUUGUUUAUUGUACAAGACAAUCCUAUGAAUGAAUAUUCAUAGCAAAAUAGUUUGAACAAUGUAUGUUUUUAACAAAAAAGGUUUUGAGUCGUAAAAUUUAUCUUGACGCUGAUUAAUGUUAAUGGUGAAUAGAAAGAAAAAGUAUCAAUUUCUCAAAGUUUGUUAUUAAUGCAUAUCAUUGUCAUGUAUGGAUAAAAUAUUGCACAUGACCUAUAAAUAUGUACACCUAAGUUACUUGCUAGUGAUAACAUGUUUAAAGUACAUGUGCAUGUAAAAGUAGGAGACCAAUAUAAAUGUUAAUCUUCCAGUUAAUUCCUUUAGCAAUGUACACGUAGGAAAUUGAAUUCUAUACAAAUAUAAUAAUCAAAUCCUGUGCUUCGUUAAAAUAAAAGUGUUGUAUUUCGUGCGUGAAUAUAAACAUACUCAACAUAAAA